CGCUGUGCGGUUUCCCCGUCUAGAGACUUGCGAUGGGCAAGCCCGAGAGCCCAGUGGGGAUGGUGGAGAUCGCCGGCCGCUCGGGGCAGAAGCACCGAGGCUUCCUGGAGGCGGGGCUGCUGCUGCUGCUGCUCCUGGUGACCGGCGCCCUGGUCACCCUGGGCCUCCUCUACGCCGACAGCAGAGGGAAGCGGCUGCCACUCUUUUCUAGCCGGCUUUGCUUCUCCAAGGAAGAGAAGAACACUGUAAAACGAGCACCCCGAGAGAUCAAAACCUCCAAGGACAAGGUCGAGACCUGCACCACCCCUGGCUGCGUGAUGGCAGCUGCCAGGAUCCUCCAGAACAUGGACCCGUCCAUGGAGCCGUGUGACGACUUCUACCAGUACGCAUGCGGGGGCUGGCUGCGGCGCCACGUGAUCCCUGAGACCAACUCGCGCUACAGCGUCUUUGACAUCCUUCGGGACGAGCUGGAGAUCAUCCUCAAAGCGGUGCUGGAGAACUCCACCACCAAAGACCGGCCAGCUGUGCAGAAGGCCAAGGUGCUCUACCGCUCCUGCAUGAAUGAAAGUGAGAUAGAGAAGCGAGACUCACAGCCCCUGCUGAAUAUCCUGGAGGUGGUGGGAGGCUGGCCAGUGGCCAUGGACAAGUGGAACAAGAGCGUAGGCCCCCAGUGGGAGCUGGAACAGCAGCUGGCCGUGAUGAACGCACAGUUCAACCGGCGGGUGCUCAUCGACCUCUUCAUCUGGAACGACGACCAGAACUCCAGCCGGCACAUCAUCUACAUAGACCAACCCACCCUGGGCAUGCCAUCCCGAGAGUACUACUUCAAGGAGGGCAACAACCAGAAGGUACGGGAAGCCUACCUGCAGUUCAUGGUGUCAGUGGCCACGAUGCUGCGGGAGGACCUGAACCUCCCCGAGAAUAGCGGCCUGGUUCAGGAAGACAUGGCCCAGGUGCUGGAGCUGGAGACGCAGCUGGCCAACGCCACGGUACCCCAGGAGGAGCGCCACGACGUCACCGCCCUGUACCACAGGAUGGACCUGGAGCAGCUCCAGAACAGCUUCGGUCUGAAGGGAUUUAACUGGACUCUCUUCAUACAAUCCGUGCUAUCCUCUGUCAAAAUCGAUCUGCUGCCUAACGAAGAAGUGGUGGUCUAUGGCAUCCCCUACCUCCAGAAUCUUGAAGGCAUCAUCGAUGUCUACUCACCCAGGACCAUGCAGAACUACCUGAUUUGGCGCCUGGUGCUGGACCGCAUCAGCAGCCUGAGCCAGCGGUUUAAGGAAGCGCGUGCAAGCUACCGCAAGGCACUCUAUGGCACGACGGUGGAGGAGGUUCGCUGGCGGGAGUGCGUCAGCUAUGUCAACAGCAACAUGGAGAGCGCCGUGGGCUCACUCUAUGUCAAGGAGGCCUUCCCCGGUGACAGCAAGCAUGUGGUCAAAGAGCUCAUUGACAAGGUGCGGGCAGUGUUCGUGGACACUCUGGAUGAGCUGAGCUGGAUGGAUGAGUCAUCCAAGAAGAAGGCCCAGGAGAAGGCCAUGAACAUCCGGGAGCAGAUCGGUUACCCUGACUACAUCCUGGAGGAGGGGAACAAACAUCUGGAUGAGGAGUAUUCCAACCUGAACUUCUCAGAGCACCUGUACUUUGAGAAUGGACUGCAGAAUUUGAAGGCUGGCGCCCAGCGGAGCCUCAAGAAGCUUAGGGAGAAGGUGGACCAGAACCUCUGGAUCAUCGGGGCUGCCGUGGUGAACGCCUUCUACUCUCCAAACCGAAACCAGAUUGUGUUCCCCGCCGGGAUCCUCCAGCCCCCUUUUUUCAGCAAGGAGCAGCCUCAAGCCUUGAACUUCGGGGGCAUCGGGAUGGUGAUCGGGCACGAAAUCACCCACGGCUUUGACGACAAUGGCCGGAACUUUGACAAGAACGGGAACAUGCUGGACUGGUGGAGCAACUUCUCCGCCCAGCACUUCAGGGAGCAGUCAGAGUGCAUGGUCUACCAGUAUGGCAACUACUCCUGGGACCUGGCUGAUGACCAGAACGUGAAUGGCUUCAGCACACUCGGGGAAAACAUCGCCGACAAUGGAGGGGUGCGGCAGGCAUACAAGGCUUACCUGAAGUGGGUGGCAGAAGGCGGCAAGGACCAGCAGCUGCCAGGCCUGGAACUGACCUACCAGCAACUAUUCUUCAUCAACUAUGCACAGGUGUGGUGCGGAUCCUACCGGCCAGAGUUCGCCAUCCAGUCCAUCAAGACUGACGUCCACAGUCCCCUGAAGUACAGGGUGCUGGGCUCGCUGCAGAACCUGGGCGCCUUCGCAGACGCGUUCCACUGCGCGAAUGGCUCCCCCAUGCACCCAAAGGUGCGAUGCCGCGUCUGGUAGCCAAGGCCGAGCCGCGCUGCGCGGCCCACGCCCACCCGCCGCCCCGAGGCGUCCCAUCCGCGCGGAGACAGUGCCGCCGGCGGGGACCCCGCAGCCAGCAGCCGACCCACCCGCGCCGAGCCCAGCCUCCGCACCGGGCCUGGACAGCAGCUGGCGCCUCAGAUAACCGGAGGUGAGCGCCUCCCUGCCCAGAGCCGCCUCUGCGCCCGCCCGCGAGGGUCUACGCCGCCCACCGCAGCCCUGUAGACGCGGUUAUCCGUCUUCCGCCCGCUCUCCAAAGCGCGUCCUCCUCAGAUGUCCACGAGCUUGGACUUCA